AUGUCUCGACCAAAAAUAAAAGCAGUCUUUUUCGACUUCAUGGGCACAUGCCUCGACUGGCACAGCAGCGUAGUGGAAGCGCUACCCGCAGCAAUUCCCAAGGAUGAAGCCUCAAAGUUUGCGCUAGAAUGGCGUAGACAAUACUUCCUAGAAACUACCAAACGCGUCAGCGAAAACCUCCACCCAGAAGACAUCGACAUCACCCUUGCCCGCACCCUGGAUACUCUCCUCAACCAGUCACCCGACCACAAACCGCACUUCGACGUGAAGACCAAGAACCAAAUAAUCGAAGCAUGGCACUCGCAAAAAGCAUGGCCCGAGGUUUCCGAUGCAAUCAAUAGUCUUCGUCAAGAUCUCGGUCUGGAAGUCUUCGUUCAUGCGAACGGUACGACGCGGCUCCAGUUAGACUUGACUCGGUCUUCCGGAUUAGAGUUCAAUAUGCUGUUUUCUAGUCAGCUGCUAGGUGCUUACAAACCUCGCCCGGAGGCUUAUGAGAAGGGGUUGGAGCUUGUGAAGCUUCGGCCCGAGGAGGUGGUUUUGGUUGCUGCACAUGCUUAUGAUUUGCGGGGCGCACAGAAGUGUGGAUUGAGGACUGUGUAUGUUCAUCGGUGGACUGAUGAUAUUGAUGAAGAUAUGGAGCUGGUGAAAACCGAGUUUGAUGUGUUUUUGGAGGAUAUGAACGACCUUGCUGGUGCCAUUAGGGGAUUAUGA